CGUUACUCGCUGGAUAAAGAAAGUCAGUCAGUGCGUGGUAAAGACAAUAAAUUAUUGGAAUGAGAAAUUUUCUGUUCGGUUCAAUAUUAUUGGCAAUUAGUGGUGCUGGGUUUUGUGCAUUAUAUCCAAGCAGCUUCCCACGUUGUCAUUAUGGAGAAGUAGAAUGUAUCACAAAAGCAUUUAAUCAAGUAUUGAAAUUAGGAAAAGAUGGAAUUAGUGAAAUUAAUUUACCAUCGUUUGAGCCUCUAAGAGUGGCAAAGGUUGACAUCAUACAAGAUACAACAAGCAACAUCGCAAUAAAUCUUGUUCUUCAUGACGCAGAUAUUUAUGGAAUUUCAAAUGCAAACAUCUAUAGAGUAGUUGGCUUUGACAAAGAUAUCUCAAAAUCUAAGUUUGAAGUUAAUGCACUAAUUCCAAAGCUGAGAAUCACUUCAAAAUACAUCGUUGACGGAAAAGUUUUAAUUCUGCCCAUUACUGGAAGAGGAGACAGUAUAUUAAAUUUAGAUAAUGCUGACGUCAAAGUCAAAUUUAAGAUGGAACCUUUUGUCAAAGAUGGAAAGACGUAUACAAAAAUUGGAAAACAUAAAUCCCUUCUUAGCACAUCAAAACUGUCUCUUAAUCUCGAGAAUUUGUUUAAUGGCAAUAAAGCUUUAGGAGACAAUAUGAAUAAUUUUAUAAACGAAAAUUGGGAAAUUAUUUUUCAAGAGCUUAAACCAGCAAUUAGUGAGGCUCUCGGGAAGGUUCUUAUAGAUAUUGUAACGAAUUUUUUCGCUUCAGUUCCAUACACUGAUUUGUUCCUUGAAUAAAAUGCUCUUUAUUAAAUUCAAAGUAUUUUAAUAAAACUCGGAAACAUUUAGAAAACUAU